AUGGUUUUUCCGACUUCGAGCGUAGGCGGCCCCUCUGCACUGCAGACAAGGAAUGCCGAAGCUUCGGGGCCACGCAUGCCCCGCUCAACUGGACAGCCCGAGAGGGGAGGAAGUUCCGCGGUGGGUCAGCUCUCAGCCACAAACCCGAAAGAUAGACGGGACGCACCGCGGGGAGAAAGUUCGGGUAGCCAUAAGCAGGAGCGCUUUGCGUGGGGCGACGUCCGUGGCGAGCAUUCUGCUCCCACUGACACUCCUCGGUCCUACCAAAGCUGUCGGCCUGCUAGUUCCACGCGGCUAAGGCCCAGUCAACAGCUCAGUGGAAUUGGUCAACUUGGCAGCAACGCGAGUGUGACGAAGCAGCGCGGAAAGUGCUCACCAACAAAGGGAAGCAAGAGACUCCUUUCUUCAGUGGAGAUGCAAGACCUCAGCCAUCAAGCGAGCGCGGACACUGCGGACCAUCGAACCAAGAGCAGAUAUCACUUCCUUGUACCGUUCCGCACACUGUCCCGGAGCAGCUCUCGCAUCGACGACAGAAGGCUGAAAUACGUCUCCUCAGGGGUUCGAGAGGAGGGUAAGAGUUCCAUCGAGUCAGAACGACAUGCAAAUAGUCGAUCUCUGCUGGCUUCACUGGACGGACAAAAUGAGCAGGAAUCUCCGAUUUUUUCUAGAGCAAACAGUGGUGCAAAGCACGAAGAGAAAACGUGGUCACGGCACUCUUCGCGGGCGCCUGCUGCCGAGGAUGUUUCAGAUCGGGGUGAGGAGGAUGGCGAAAAAGGGGAGGCUUCUGACACAGUACGGUCCGGAACAGAAGGACAUGCGCCUGUCGGAAACAAGUUGGACGUUCCUACUGCCCGAUCACGCGUAUUCAAACAACCUGAACAAACCAAGAGAUCCAGUUCCAAGAGUACAGUGGAACCUCGCGGCCCGUCGCAGCCCCUCAGCUCUGUACGACGUGGAUCGAAAACACUGUUUACAAAGCAACACAGCACAAGCAAGCUCGAGGAAGAACCCCACUCUCCAGAAAAAGAACGAAACUUCAGCUCAGUUAGACGGCCUUCUUCGAGUAGCAAGAGAACACCCAGUCCCAGUAGAGGACUGAGGUCUGGUAAUUCAGGCAAACAAAGAAACUCCAGUAACCAGCCCGGCAAAACAAAACAUGCUGCGCUGGAAACAUUUAGAAAAACGAGCAGCAGUGGUGGCUGCUUGCGUGAAGAAUCUCGAGAGAGAAGAAACACGAAAACGCCUUAUUCCACUGCGACCGUUAAACCUCAGCACUCGCGCACCAAAAUGAUGCACAAUGACUCUGGUGGUACCUCUCCUCACAAGCACCGAAGUAAAUACAAGCGAAAGAAUGAUACCAGCACGGGGUCAAAGGAGAACUCGCCUGAAAAACAAGCAUCACCUUCCAUGCUUUCUAAAAAGAAACACGGAAGGAGAGGCGGUAGCAACGAUUGCGGCAAGGACAGACAUACCGAAUCCGAAGCGCGAACACACUCCUCUCGCACUCGGGACCUUGAUUUACCAGAGAAAACACCGACACGCCUGCAUUUAAAUUCAAACUCACGAGGAAGCUCGCGGGAUCCAGGUCGCCAUUCUUCUACGGAGGACCCUCGCGAGAGAGACCCGUCACGGAGGCGAUACGAAAGAUCACCGCCGAAGACGCUUGCAAGCGUCCAUAGCCAGAAACAGGACGGCGAGGGGGAACAGGCUUUCUCGUCAAACCAUGCCAGCCAAAGGCCUCCCAAUUCCGAAGCUAUUAGCAAACAGAACCCAAGCGAGACAGCAAAAAGGCCGGAGCGCUCGCGGGAAACGUCCCUCGAGCGAUGCCGACAACAACCGGAAUCUCCACGGAAAACUCCUCUUGGGAGUAAGAACUUGUGUACUUCUCUUCCUAGCAGUAGCAGUGACCACCCACAAGAAGACAGCAAACAGUCUAGGAAGAGAGAUGGAAACCAAACACGGUCUUUGAGUAGAGCUCCGUCUGACCAGCCUGGCGACGACUCUGAGGCUGUUGGCGCUUCUCCCAUUCCUCCUAGAAAGCAUCGACCAGAGCAGAUCCUUGGUCGUGCUUUCUCGGGUGAUUCAGCGGAGGCUGUCACGGAGGAAGAGCUGUCGUGUGGCCCUGCUGGCCUGAGCUGUCAACGAUCAAAGGCUAAUUCCAGACGCAGUCUCAUCGACCAUGCCGUUCUGGCAGGUGAAACUCAAGGCCUGCUUCUGGAGCAACUGGGAGUCUCUCCUUCGUUGUACCGGAGUGUCGGCGCCUCUGACCUCAUCAAGGCGGGAUCGAAAGACAACACUGGCGCCGCAGCUACGCUCUCUUCAGAGAAAAACGGUCUUCCUGACGACAGCGGCCUGCCGACUACCACACUGAUUUCAAAGAACCUCUUGCACCGUCCAGACGGUGGUCAUACUGCACGCACGACAACUUGUCCGUCUCACGACAGAUCUGACUUCGCUGCCUUAGUCCGCGCCGCCUCUCGCUCGCUUCAGACGGCCCAGGAAAUCCUUGCUAGAAGCAGGGACAAUCUUCUCCGAUCACCGUCUCUCCCACCUACACCAGCAACCCCGGUGCUUCCACCCAAGCGCUCAAGCGAACAACCACACUCGCCCGCGCUGUACUCGGAGGAAGGGCCGACGAGGACGAACCAAGUAAACGAGGGAGUAGUUGCAAAGCUCAGUCCAGAGCGAAAGUUCACAAACGAGCAGUCUGAGCAAAGAUGCAGUGGAAAGAGUGACCCGGAUCCGGUUUCCCGAGUUGUUGAGGCUGCACCUCCCUGCACUGACCAAACCUUAGUGUGCAGCAAAAAUGCUUCGAAGAUGACCUCCGCCGAUGCCGCUCAUUACCACAAGUCCCCUCUCAACGCUAACAGGUCCUUACAGCGUCCAGCGCGCAAGCCCCAGGAGUCGGAAAGAAUGAGGGCAGCAGCCGGUGCGGGGGAAUUCUGUGAACCAGCAGGAAAUUACACGAAUACGGGAACGCUCCAGGAUCCGCCUCGCGGGCCUCAAGAAACCUGCAACUCAAGCAACACCGCAAUGCCUGCUCCCUUUAACGAUUCGGGACCGGCAGCUGAACCGUUCCACAGUUGUUCCACAGAAAUCGACACAGGCCUUACCGCCUCGUCGCACUGCAAUCGAAAAGCGUACGGCUGCCCGCCUCGCAGCUUUCACGUUCCUGACAAAACAGAGGCGGAAGAUAUCGCGGCGCAACACAACGGUUUGAAUCAGGUACUCCGCUGUAAUGCCACUUCACACCGUUCGCCACCGGUCAGCCUCCAUGCGGGACAGGAAUAUAGGUCACCGUAUUUCAUGGUGCCGCUAGAAGAGAAUGUGAGCAUCACUCGCGAGUACCGAAAGCCUCCCCCGUAUAGUCCGCUGGAUCUCGCAAAGAGCUCUUCCUUGUACACAAGGAGCACAGAGGUCGUUCCCACGAUCUUCUCUUCUGGUUUGUGUCCAUCAAGUGCGCAACGCUCAUCACUGAAAACCAGCACCCCGGUCGUCCAGCCUUUCGGGCAGAGUUCGUGCGGCGCAAAGCUGUCAGGCCUCGAAGCAGCGACAAGCGAAGCGGAGCCAUUUGGCAAGAAAACGAGCAGCUUGUGUCACCAGCUUGCCUACGGGGACACGCGCAUUCUGUGGGAUUCUCCGUCUGACACUUUGUCGCGGUACAAACAGGUGAAGACGCCAAUGGCGGAGCUUCCGCCACAGUCGGCUCUGGAAACCACGAUUGGCCGCGAAUUCCUGCCAUCUUCGCCUGCUCCCGAGACAAAGAAACACACCUUUCCGAGGGCUCACAGCUUUCGAGUGAGCACGGGCACGCUGCCUGAAUUCUUAGCCAUUUCGAAUGUAUCACAAACAGCCAAGUCUCGCUUUGACUAG